GACAGCGUUCUAGAGAGUAGAGCUACAAAAUAAGGUACAUUGGAGAGGGAAAACAUUUAAGGAGGAAAUCGAGGGAAAUAAAUUACAAGAAUAGUUUGCUAUCCACUACUAACUCCUAUCGGGUGGUGAGAGGUGUCGAAGUUUGCACUCUGGGGGACCCCCCCCCCUCCAUGCUGGGCUGAACAGAGGACAGCUCACGUUUUCUAGGUGUGGAGAGCGCAGACUGCCUGUAGUCACUUUCGGGGGAGCCAGUGCGCACUAGGAGUGUUCUCCAUCUGUGGAUCUCGCACUUCAUCGCUGCCUGCCUGCAACGCGGGAGGAGAAGAUCCAAUCAAUGUUUGGGUUUAAUAAGGUGGAAUACCAGGGGGGACACAACAGAAAAGAUACAGCACAACCUGGGAAAUAAAGGAAGUAGGAACACACAGCAGUGAAGGACAUCCUUCAGAGGAGGAAAAAUAACAUUUUACGGAAUUUUUAAUUCAGAGGCUCCUGUUCCAGGGGGACUUGGGCAGCAUAAUUUCAUUUUUGGGAGGAGCAGCUCUCAGCUUCAGUCAGCUAAUCUUGUGGACUAUAGGAUCCUGGAUGGCAUGUCAAGGUAAGGACCUAUCUUCAACUCUCCUGGUGUAUCAUCCAGCCAGCUACUGCUCAGAUUAGGAACGGCAACACUCAGCAGCAGAUGAAAAGAGAGAGAAGAAGCAGACGGAAAGACUGACUCUUCAAUGGUCCCUCAUCUUCUCUAGCCAGAAAGGAACCAUGUCGUCCGCCCAUGUUUGGAUAUGACAUUGGGAUCUUGGAAUAAGUGACCUGUGAAUUCCGUUGGCACUGGGGUUUUUUAAGGACUGCUCAACUACUCUUCAGUCACACUGUAUGGACAUCUACUAUCAGAGGCCUUGCCAGAAGCCUGAAAAACAGUAAUAACUGGGGGAAAUACAACAGACCAUGGCUGAGAGGAUGAUUGCUUCUCAAAGUGAGCCGUGACAGAAUGGUCGACUGUAUGAGCAAAGUCAUGCUGCACACAGCCCUCUCAUGCUGGCAACCGUUCCUGGGACUGGCUCUAGUGGCCGUCUUUGUGGGUUCUGCCCUGGGAUGUCCCGCCCGCUGUGACUGCUCAGCCCAGAGCAAGUCGGUCCUGUGCCACCGCAAACGCCUACCGAGCAUACCAGACGGCAUCCCCAUCGAGACCAGGAUCCUGGACCUGAGCAAGAACAAGCUGCAGGCCGUCAACCCGGACGACUUUGCCCCCUACCCUGGACUAGAGGAUCUGGACCUCAGUGGGAACAUUAUCAGCUAUGUGGAGCCGGGGGCCUUCAACCCUCUGUACAGCAUGCACUCUCUCAGUCUCAAAAGUAACCGCAUCAAGCUUAUUCCCCUGGGGGUCUUCACAGGCUUGUCCAACCUCACACGGCUGGAUGUCAGCGACAACAAGAUCGUCAUCCUGCUGGACUACAUGUUCCAGGACUUGCACAACCUGAAGUUCCUGGAGGUGGGUGACAAUGACCUGGUGUACAUCUCCCACCGGGCCUUCAGUGGACUGCUGAGCCUACAGACACUAACCCUGGAGAGAUGCAACCUGACGGUGGUGCCCACUGAGGCCCUGUCCCAUCUGCACAACUUGGUCAGACUUCACCUCCGAUACCUCAGCAUCAGCACAUUGCAAGCAUACUCCUUCAAGAAGCUUUUCCGGCUGCGCCACCUGGAGAUUGACAGCUGGACCUCGCUGGACAGUGUGCCUGCCAACACACUACACAGCCUCAACCUGACCACGCUUUUCAUCACCAACACUAACCUGUCCACCUUCCCAUACCAGGCCCUAAAGCACCUGCACUACCUAACACACCUCAACCUGUCCUUCAACCGCAUCAGACACAUCGAGGCGGGAAUGCUGUUUGAGUUGGUGCGCCUGAGGGAACUUCAUCUAGUUGGGGCCCAGUUGUCGACCAUUGAACUGUACGCAUUUCAGGGCCUCUGGUGGCUCAAAGUCCUCAACGUCUCCCACAACCAUUUGAACACCCUGGAGAAGGGUGUCUUCCAAGCCCCUGAGGCUCUGGAGGUCCUCUUGAUCGACGACAACCCCCUGGUGUGCGACUGUCGCCUCAUGUGGAUCCUGCAGAAAAGGCACUCCAUCUUCUUUGGCGACUCGCAGCCAGAGUGCAGCACCCCUGAGGGUAUCCGUGGCAGGCCUUUCAGGGAAUUCAAGGAGACCCUGCUAUCCUAUUACGUGACAUGCACCAAGCCAAAAAUCCGGGAGAACAAGACACAGACGAUAGCAGUGGACGAGGGCCAGUCAGCGAAACUACACUGCAGUGCUGAAGGCAUCCCCAGGCCAGUGGUGUCGUGGCUGUCCCCACGCCGGCGCCUCCUCACCAACAAGAGCUACGGUAGAGUCAAAGUCCACAACAAUGGGACGCUGGAGAUCAAGGUGGCCGAGGUGCAGGACGGUGGCGUGUACCUUUGCAUGGCUACCAACACGGCGGGUAACGACUCAUUGAUGGCCUCCCUAGCAGUGAAAAGUCUGGGGUCGCUCUACGCAAACAGGACCCAGUACUACACAGAUCCCAGCAAUGCCACUACCAAUGGGACUAGCAACGUGACCUACGGCUUGGACCUAAAGACUAUCUUAGUGUCGACAGCAAUGGGAUGUUUCACAUUCCUGGGGGUGGUCUUGUUCUGCUUUCUGCUACUGUUCGUUUGGAGCCGGGGCAAGGGAAAGCAUAAAAACAACAUAGAUAUUGAAUAUGUCCCUCGGUCCAAGUCUAAUGGCACCUCUGUAGAUGGAGGGGCAGAGGGACAAGCUGGACCUCAUCGCUUUAACAUGAAAAUGAUCUAACAUGGUUUGUGAAUCUGGGAAUCCAUAUGUUGGGAAUGCUCUAAGGAUUAUGUAUUUGUAUUGCAAAUGGAACAACAUUUCCCACUACUUCAGGAGAAUGCUACUGGGCAAUUCCAUGGUAACAGAGUGAUGCUGAGGCUCAGAUUUUUCUCUUUGAAAUGUAUGCCAAACAAAAACCAAUGAUUGCAAAGUUAAACAAACCCUACAACUCUAUGUACAAGAACUAGUUUUAUUAAUUUCCACAGUCAUUUUUACAAACACACUUGAAGAACAUUGCAGAUGCAACGUUUGGUAACAGAAUGACGGCACCAACAGCACAAAUCAUUCUGUGGCCAAACUUUGCAUCUGCACUGUUCUUCAAUGAAAUGUCUUUUUGUAAAAAAUAAAAAAUAUAUUUAAAAAAAUUGUUUAAAGCAGUUCUUGUGCAUAGAGUUAUAUGGUUUGUUUAACUUUGCAAUCAUUGGUUUUUGUUUGACAUACAUUUUCUAGGUAACAUUGAAGUACCU